AUCCCUCCCCAGAUCCUCCCUCCUCCUUCACUCCUUCUACCUCAACGUCGUCGUUGUCGUCGUGUUUGGAUGAUGACAGAGGUGGGAACAGUGCGGUCUGUAGAGGCAGAUUGACAGCGAUUGCGAGGAAGCAAAAAUCAGUGGUGAGCAGUGAGAGGGGGCGUUAUUUUACCGCAGGCACCGGGAGUGAGUGAGUGAGCAGCGGAGAUAGAUAGAUAGAGAGAUAGAGAGAGAGAGGACCCGCAGGGAAAGUGAGUAGUAGUUCAUACAUCGAGAGGGGGUUGACGGCGAGUAAGUUGUUGGUGGUUAAGUGGGCGGAUUGAAGUGAGUCUGCGGAGGGUUGAUUGGGUUUUUAAAAUUUUUUUCCCUGGUUCAGGCAGUCAGCGAGGAGGUAGGUCGUCUGAUAGCUGUUCGUUUCUGUUUUUGCUAUUUUUUUUCUCCCCCCUUUUCUUCUUUUGUUGUUAUUUUUUAAAGAUAAAAAUUAUGGAGGGACGGUGCUUUAUUCUGGAGGAAGCGGACUUUAUUCUGGGUUUUGACGGUUAGGGGGUUCCUGAGCUUGGUGAAACGGUGACUUGGGGGGGUUAGUUGACAAAGAGGAGACGUGGUGGGGAAUCAUCUUUUUAUUUGUAUAGGAAGGCGGGGCGGGAAGAGAGGGCGAGUGCGGUGGUUUCACCUGGAUUGGACAAGUGGGCAUUGGCGGCAGCGAGAUUUUUUUUUUUGCCUUUUUUUUCUUCUCGGAAGGGGAAGAGCUGAAGUCGCAUGCGGGUGUCAAAUGUGUUUUAUGCGUUGUGUGGGAUGGUUGUGGGGUGGAGGGCGGACUGACGCUCCUGCCGCGGGUAGAUCAAGGGGCCGAGGUUCUUUUGUGGAGGUCGGAUAAGUUUAUAUCCCUCUUCUGGAAGAUUGAGUGGGUCUGAGAGGGGACUAAUAAGAUGCAGAGAACUGGACACUACGGACUCUCUGACUCGCCACAGUUCCUAGUGGCGAGGGGGCCUCCGCCUCACAUGUUUUCCCUUUCUCAUGACAAUAUUUCUCUCUCCCCCCCAGCUGGCCAUGCGCAUCAAAGCCAUCACUCUCACCAGCACCACCUUCCUCAUCACUUUGAGUCGCAACAUCUCCACUUUGGGGGCCACCAGAUACACCCCAGUCUGCAAGCGCUCCAGCAAAUUCAUCAAACUCAGUCGCCUCAUGCAUCCCACGUCCACCGUGCGCAGCACUCACAGCAUGCACAACAUCCCCCGCACCCGCUGGCACAACUCCAGCAGGUGUCACAACAGUCCGCUCCUCACACACCGGCUUCUCAUCAGGAUGUCUCCCAGCACCAGCUUCAGCAGGUGCAUCAACAGCAGCAGCAGGAGGAGCAACACAAGCAGCAUCUUAGGGAGCAACAGCAGGCGCAAGAGCAACAACAUGCUCAGGAGCAAAUGGUGCAGCAGUUAGGUUUGGGUGAUCCAGACUCGCCCGAUGCUGCCUCUCCAAUCGCGAGUCGACCCUCGCCCACGAAUUACAGCAAACUCUUAAUGUCUGCACAGCAAGAUGAUGAAGGACUAGAGGAGGAUCGUGGGGGUUCUGGAGGGAAUCGUUGGCCUAGAGCUGAGACACUUGCGCUUAUACAGAUCCGGUCUGACUUGGACUCCAGCUUUCGGGAUUCUGGCGUGAAGGGUCCAUUGUGGGAGGAUGUUUCACGAAAACUCGCGGAAAUGGGAUACAACAGAAGUGGGAAGAAAUGCAAGGAGAAAUUUGAAAACAUUCAUAAAUAUUAUAAGAAGUCCAAGGAUGGCAGGGCUGGUAGACAGGACGGUAAAAGUUACCGUUUUUUCGCUCAACUGGACGCGCUAUUUGGUGGUCAACAGACUUCUACGCAAGUAGACACUGAUACAGCUGCUGCUGUUCUAUUAAUAGGAAACGCCCCGCCACUAGGAAUAUCACCAACAGAUCAGGACCUGAAUGCCUCUGUCCAGAGGCCAUUGGAAAUUAGUACAGGUAUAACAGUGUCGAGGUCCUCCGGCGAUGAUAAUGAUGACGAUGACGGACCUGGAAGUGGGUUGCGCGACAAUCAACAGAUGACGAAGAAUAGGAAGAGAAAGCUGAUGGAGGAUGGAAAGACUGGGACCCACAAGCUGCAAUUCUUCGAGACACUGAUGAAGAACAUGAUUGAUAAACAGGAGGCCAUGCAACGAAAGCUCUUAGAAACAAUGGAAAGAAUCGAGCAAGAUAGGCAAGCGAAACAGGAAUCGUGGAGAAGGCAAGAGAUGGCUCGAUGGCAACGAGAGCACGCACUUCGGGCUCAUGAGCACGCUUUAACUACUGCAAGAGAUGGUGCAUUAAUAUCUUUCUUGCAGAAGGUAACUGCUCAUAAUGUGCAGAUUCCAAAGUUUAACACUCCACCACAAGUAGUGAUUCCACCUACUAGAGAAUCAGAAGAGUGAGCACCUUGCAGAGUCUUUUUGUGAAGUUGCGCUGCAGAAGUUGAUUGUCGUUGUGCUUUUGCUCGACAUUAUCAAUGACAUGAAGUCAAAGGAGAGGGUUGCAUCCUGGUGGAUAUGUCGAACGAACUCGGUUUCUCUGAAAAUAUAUGGCGACGAGUAGGUGUUUGACGUCACCUAAAUGAAUAUUGGUGAGUGGAAUCUUCACUGUGGUAACGAUUGGUUAAGGUAGACAGGUCGAGAUUUGAGUUGUACCCUUCGGCGUUGAAGUUGCUCAAGUAGGGUUGUGCGGAUUUUAGAAGACGACGCGUUAAGUUAGCGCGGGCGGCUGCACAUGACUCGGCUCUAUGAACCCAAUUUUCAGCCUGUAAUGUCAGACACCCUAACUGGACAGGGACGUUCCAUUGGUAUGGUCUUCUUUACAACCAAAUCAUGGUCAGGCGUCAUCUAGGAACCUAAGUUUGAAGGAGGUUUAGAAGAUGGUCAUCUUGCGGUUUGUGCGUUUGGACCGGGAUGUCGGCAUAUUCUUCACGUCGUUGGCGCUCCAAUCGUAGUUUCCAAGCUCAUGAAGUGGCACUGCAUUUCUGAACCGUUUUACAGUGGAGUUGAGUUGGUUAAUUGAAAGCAUUUGGUUAAAUCUUGUUGAUUGUACAGGAGAAUUACAUGCAAGGUGUAUAGUUGAGAGAAUGUAAGAUAUCAGGUUAGCUUGUAGCAUAAACCUUGGGCUUUGAUGGAGUGGGGUUAGAAUCGCACAAGCAGAAAAAGGAACCGUUGCUUGAAUCAUGUAUUGGAACAUUAUUGUUACUGCCUGGGGGCGAUCUACCGGAUUGUUAGAAGCUUAGCCCGUCGGUCUUUGUUACAAAUAUCAGUUCUGGGGAACUUCUUUGUUGUUUCUUUCCCAGUCAAAUUUAUAAUUUGAGCCAAUCAUCAAGGUUCAAGAUGGCUCAAUCUUUACUUGCAUGUCUAAA